CUCUAUGUUUACUGGUUUGACCUUAGCGAGUCUAAGAUGAUUUCCAUCCAACUGAGAAACAACCGGCCGUGUAUUGACUUCCGCUCUGAGAUGGGUUCUGCAAGUUUCCUCUUGAGCCGCCAAUUGCAAUCUCUCUCGUCAUUUGCCUCUAGGAGUUCGGUGCAUCGCUGUUUCUUAUCCGAAGUAAAUCGACACCUUUCUACAAAAAUGAGUUUGCCACGAGUAUAUUUCGACAUGACUGCCGAUGGGCAAGCCGUAGGAAGAAUUGUGAUCGAGCUUCGAAGUGAUGUUGUACCAAAGACCGCGGAGAACUUCAGAGCGCUCUGCACCGGAGAAAAGGGCUUUGGCUACAAAGGAUGCACAUUCCAUCGUGUGAUCCCCAACUUUAUGUGUCAAGGUGGUGACUUCACCAAGCACAACGGCACUGGAGGAAAGUCAAUCUACGGCAACAAGUUUGAGGACGAAAACUUCACACUGAAGCACACUGGCCCUGGUGUGAUGUCCAUGGCCAACGCUGGUCCCAACACCAACGGCAGUCAGUUUUUCAUCACAACUGUAAAGACCAGCUGGCUGGACAACAGGCACGUUGUGUUCGGUUGCGUUGUCGAGGGCAUGGACGUCGUAAAGAAACUGGAGGGCUACGGCUCCCAGAGCGGCAAGACCACCAAGAAGAUUGUCAUCGAAGACUGUGGCCAACUGUCAUAAGUUUAAAUGAAUGGUCGUUGAAACAGUAAUUUAAUCAGAGUAAAGCUCCUGAACAAAUCACUAACCCCGCUCUUGAGUCCAUUCCAUUGUUUAUUGUGGAUAGAGCCUAGGAAGAAGUCAAUUUUAUUUUAUACGACUGGCCACAAGUUAGAUUUUUUAUCGUAAUUGCAAUAUAGGAAUUGUUAUGUCUGAAGAAUGAGUGUGCUGUAACGGUUUUUUACUCAGUUUUGUUAAUUUGCAUUUAAUUUUGUUCAUUUUUUUAACUUACUAAAACUGCAAUAUAAAUUCUAGAAAUAAAUCAUUUUGUCAAAA